ACAAAAAGUUUGCCACUAAAUGGGCCGCCCAAGUUUUUAAUUGAAAUGCCUAAAGUGGGUCCCAUAGUUUUCUACCAACCAGUCGAAAGUGAAAUGUCGCCAACGGCGGCAAACUGUUGUUGAAUAGGGUAACCGAAGGAGAAGCCUUCAACCCUUCAUGAAUUUUCAGUCUACUUGGGAGAAACGGAGUAGCUUUAGAAUUUUCCACGUUGCCAGGAAAUUUGAAAUCACGUUGCCUGGGCAACUAAAUAAACAAUUUCGAAGGCUACUCUACACUUGGAAAAUAUAAAAAAAUUUAUUUAUUGAACAUUUCUGAGUUACUUUACUUUUGUAGUAAGAAACUAAAAUAUUUUCUAAGUGUAUUUUAGCAGGAAAAUCAUUAAUAUAAAAUUUUAGUAGCCUGGGAAAUAGUUACCAAGCUUUUCCUUGACAUUCGGUCGUCACGAAUCAAGCAGUGAACUAAGCAGUGCUAAAGCUUAAACAUUAUAUAAAACGUGUUAAAAGUGUGAGAAAUCCAGUGAUAAAAUGUCGAUCUUUGACCAUCCGGACCAGCUGAAGAUGCUGCAGGAUCUUCUGAAUCCCAAUCAGAGGAGAGGCGGCAUCGACUACAGCAGCGAUGAGGAUGAAGAGGACUCUAUGGUGGCCAAUAAGAUGAAUCCUGGUAGAAUUGGCCGUCCCGUGGAAGGAGAUUCCACAGGCAACAAACCUAAAAAUAAAAAGAAACCCAACCCUUUGGCCACUCCAUUGGUGGAGGAAGAGAAAAAGCAGCCGGAGAGUCUAGAGCAAUGGCAAGAGCAGCAGGAGAAGGAAGACAACGAUAUACUAGAAACCCGCAAGAGUCCGGAAUAUCAAAUGUGCUAUCGUCAGGCAGUGGGUACAGAAGAUGUCUUUCUGCAGAUGGGCAAUCGCACUAGUUCUUCGGCAAGCUGUGAAGAUCUUAUUCUGGAUAUUUUCCUGCCGGAUGAGGAAAUGUCUGCUGACAAAAUGUCACUCAACUUGCAGGAAACUGAAUUGGAUUUGGCUACAUGUUUGUACCGCCUUCGAUUGCCACUUCCACAUCCUGUAAACGUAGAUCGCUGCAAUGCAAAGUACGAUAGUGAGCUGAAGAAACUGAGGCUAACUUUGCGCCUAAAAAGGGAGCUAGAUUAUGUUAAUUUCUAAGAACUUUUAAGAAGUCUUCGAUGAGCUUUGCACUUUACACAUCAUAUAGAGGUAACUUUUACACAUAGUAGUAGGAAAAUUGGAAGGUCUAAAGAAUGAUUGAACUGAUAUAAUAAUAUAUGUCUAAAUUUGCUGUAA